UAGCAGCAUCCCAAAGUCUUCCUGUGCUGAGAUUGUGACAAUGGAUAGAAUACAAGGAGACUGUGCCAGUCCUGUGCCACCAGGAGAUGCAGAGAGGAGCAGGACUGGAGAACAAGACCCAGGACUAACUGUGUUGGGAAAAGCACGUGAGUUCUUUCAGAUUUGUGAUCUGGAAGGCAAAGGCUUCAUCACUCGUCAAGACAUGCAGAGACUGCAUCCUGAGUUACCUCUUAGCCUGGAAGAGCUUGAAAAAGUUUUUGUUACAUUGGAUGCUGAUGGCAACGGCUCACUUACCCCAAAGGAGUUCACCACAGGAUUCAGCCAGUUUCUUUUGGAGCAGAUUGCUUUGAAUAAUGAGAUGAUGCAGCAAUCAGAAGUUGAAACAGCCUGCCCACUUAACUGCAAAGAGACUGUGAGUGAUGAUGAGGAUGAAGAAUUCCAGUUCUCAAAUCUGAUGGAUCGACUUGGAGCUAAAAAGGUUUUGGAUGAUGAGAGUGACGUGAAGCAACUUUGGUUGCAGCUGAGAAAAGACGAACCACAUUUACUUUCCAAUUUUGAAGAGUUCCUGGUCAGAAUUUUUUCCCAGCUCCAAGAAGCAGAUAAUGAAAAGAACGAGUUGGAACGCGCUCUAAAAAAGAAGAUUGCUGCUUAUGACGAAGAAAUUCAGCAUCUCUAUGAGGAAAUGGAACAGCAAAUCAAAAAGGAGAAAGAGCAGUUUCUCUUGAAAGACACAGAGAGAUUUCAGUCCUACGGUCAAGAGCUGGAGGGCAAGCUCCUGUCAAAAGAACAAGAACUGGAACAAUUGGUUCAAAAACAGAAAAGGUUAGAGCAGCAAUGUACAGAACUUCUCAGUGGCAAAGAAGAAACCAAAGUAGAGAACACCAAGCUGAAGCUGACUAACCAGGAGCUGCUGAGAGACCUGGAGAGAACAUCUCACGAACUAAGCUUGGCUCAACAACAGUUACAGGUGCUUCAGGAGGAGGCAUCAAGACUACAUGAGGAGAAGGAAAUGGAGGUGUACCGAGUGACAGAAACUUUACAGAGAGAGAAGUCAGGACUUCUGAAGCAGCUGGAUUUUUUAAGGGAGAGGAACAAACAUCUCAAAGAUGAAUGUGACAUAUUUUUACAGAAAUGCAAAACAAGUGUUCCAAAAGCCAGCUGGAAGCAAAGAUCAGGGUCUGUCAUUGGGAAAUACAUAGAGGGCAAGAUGCUGCCUAACAGCCAUUCAUUUGAAGAAGAUGAUGUUUUCAGUAACUCAAAGAGAAGGAAUUCUGCUGGACUGAAUGGAAUUCUCUCUGUAGAGCCUGAUGCUGGAGCCACUGGAGGAAUGUCUAAAGCAUCGCAUCUCCAAAGAAUAAUAUCAAUUGAGGAAGAUCACCUACCCCAGCUUCUUGACAGGCUGGUUGAUAAGCAGUUGAACAGAUGGACUGGAGAAGAUGAGAAUACUUCUUCUGAGAUGGAACUGGAUAAGAAAACCACAGAACAAUCAAUGGAACACUCACCAUCAUCUUCUAGAGAACAGCCUGUAGGGAAGGAAACACUGUCAAAUUUAGCCUUCAAGACAAGGCAAAUUGGAGAGGCAACAGGAUUUAUAGAACAGUUGGAGACUAAUGUUUGCUCGUACUUGAAGGAGGAGAGAAUAAACUCUGUCCCAGACCGCUUAUUCAAGAUUAUUUUUGUGGGCAAUUCGAGUGUUGGAAAGACUUCAUUCUUAAGGCGAUUUUGUGAAGAUCGUUUUUUCCCAGGCACAGCUGCUACUGUAGGUGUGGAUUACAAUGUGAAAACCAUCACGGUAGAUAAUACCCAGGUAGCCCUGCAACUCUGGGACACUGCUGGCCAGGAACGGUACCGAAGUAUUACCAAGCAGUUUUUCAGAAAAGCUGAUGGUGUCAUUGUGAUGUAUGAUAUAACAGCAAAAGACACAUUCACAGCUGUCAAGCAGUGGCUGAUAAGCAUCGAGGAGACAACUGGGGAGAAUGUACCUGUGCUCUUGUUGGGUAAUAAAACUGAUAACGAAAAGGAACGUGAGGUCCCUAUGGGAAUGGGAGAGCAUCUUGCUAAGGAUUACAAUUUGAUUUUCUAUGAAUGCAGUGCAUAUUCUGGGUACAAUACCAAAAAGUCUGUGCUUCACUUAGCUAGGAUUUUAAAGGAACAUGAAGAUAAAGUGAAAGAGAAAACCAUUGAACUUCAAUCUGAUAUGAAUAAAAAGUCUUGCUGUAUCAAGCCAUAAAAUGCUGGGGCAUGUUUAGACAAGUCAUACAUUUAUACGACACUACAUGGCACCAUCAGAUUUGCUUUAUCUUCCAAAUAUUUCUUCUGCUGUGUUCUAAGUGUAGGUGUAAGUGAAACUUAAAAUCUUUGUAUGCUCUGAUCUUCACUUUUACAAAUAUUGUCUUUAGUUAAUUGACAAUGUAUUUGGGGCAAUAACAGUCUUUUAUUCUGUUUGAUGCCUAAUGCCACGGAAUCAUGCUUUGUGAUCAGGCUUGUAGAAGCUGCCACAUUAUUAGUAAUAAGAAAUAAUUU